AUGUCGGAUACACCAGUAGAAUCAACAGAGAUAGACGAACAAAGCACCGAGCAACUUGAAGAUCAAAUUGAAGAGAAUGGAGUUGAAAAUGAAUCGGAAGCAACCACAAAUACAGAUGAAGCUAUAGAUCCUGAAUUAGAGGAAAUGAAAAGAAGAUAUAAAGAAAUGGAAGAGGAAACUAAAAAGUUGAAUGAAUUACAGAAUAGCGUCGACUCGAAUGGCUUUGGAGAUCAAGAGGAAAUAGAUGCUCGAUCAGUAUAUGUAGGUAAUGUAGAAUACACAUCGACUCAAGAGGACAUCUUGGCAUACUUUCAGUCUUGUGGUACAGUAAAUAGAAUCACUAUUUUAAAUGAUAAGACAACUGGACAUCCAAAAGGAUGUUGUUAUGUCGAAUUUGUAGAUAGAGAAUCAGUACAGAAUGCAUUGGUACUCAAUGAUACAACUUUUAAUAAUCGUCAGAUCAAAGUAACAGCAAAGAGAACAAACUUACCAGCUUAUAUGAGAGGUGGAAGAGGAGGAAGAGGAAGAGCAAGAGGUGCAAGAGGCGUGAGAGGUGGAAGAGGAUUCAGAGGCUAUGGUGGUAGACCAGUCUAUCAUCCAUACUCAUGA